ACCGGAAGACCAGCGCGCACUCGUUUCAGUCACAGACAGUUUACGGACCUGCGUCCACCGGAGACUCUUUUUUGCGUGUUUUCAGUGGAACGUCGACGAUUCUACGCCUUUUAGUGUUUCUGCUGGACAUGUUAGUGUUUAUGUAGGCAGCCGUAGCGGACGCGUCGCCCCGCCGGGGUCUCCGGGUUCAGACGUUCCUCCAGGACCUGGAGAGAACACGUGAAGGAGAGAAGAAAUGUUCCAAACGUGAAGGUUUUGGAUGAAGAACAUGGCCAAACAUGAGUGAGGACCUCGAACCUGGCAGCAUGUCGGUCCGUCCUGCGGUUCUGUUCGUCUGCCUCUUCGCCUGCUGCCUUCACGGCUCCGCUGCUGCAGCACAGCCGGCCCCACCCCACAAUGUGACAGUGAUCACAUUAAACACCAAUUACACGCUUAGCUGGGAGUAUGACUCCAAUGUUACAAACGCUCACUCUGUCACCUUCACAACUCAAUACCUUCCAAAGUUUAAGCUAAAGUAUAAGAAGAAGAAUGCAAGCUGGAUCACGGCGUGCAACGAAAGCUCACAGCGGUUUUGUGACCUCACAGUCUUGAAUUUGCACUAUCUGGGCAUCUUCGUGCUUCGAGUGCGAGCCAAUGUGAACAGGGGUCACUCUGGGUGGGUGCAGAAGGAAUUCUGCCCCGAUAAAGAUGCCGCGGUGGGACCUCCGGCGUCGGUGGGCCUCGUUCCUGUUGGAUCCAACCUGCAGGUUUCCAUCUCCGACCCGAUGACCACCGACAACCGCUCCAUGAAGGAACAUCUUCCCGGGCUGUACUACAAUAUCCGCUACUGGGAACACUCGGAGGACGCAUCGGCCUCAGUAAUAAGCAGUGAGACCAACGUGGUGACUCUACCCGACCUGAAGGCGCGGACCUGGUACUGCGUGAGCCUUCAGUCACGCUGUGACUUCUACCACAAGAGCAGCAGCUUCACCACGCCGCGCUGCAUGCAGACCGAAGGUGCUGUUCCCUGGUGGCAGAUCUUUCUGUACUUCCUUGGCUCUCUGGUCAUCUGCUUCCUGUUGAUUUUGUUCGCACUCUUUGGCGUCUUUUGGGUCUUCAAGACCGUCAAAGCCACAUUUUACCCUGUCAGCAGGCUGCCCGCACACUUCCAGCAGUGUCGCCACGACUCCACCGGCUCUGACAUUCCUCCACUUUUCACCCCGGAUUCAGAGUCAGACCUCUGUGAAAAAGUGAUUGUUUGCCCACAGCCGGGACUGUUGGAAGAGGAAAUCCCUUCAGAUGAAGACUUGCUUGAACACAGAGCUGACCUGCCGUCAGACAACAGUGGCGAACUCAGCUGUCAGGCCAGUAGCAGCAGUGGAGACACCGGAAUAUACUCGGCAGAAGGCUGUUCCAGCCUCUACCAGCCCGACAGCGCGCAGUCAGUUUCAGGAGCUUCGGACUGCUGCAGGGUUCCCUUUGAGCAGGUGAAGAUGGGAGACAUCAAGGGCGAGGCAUUGAUCGCAGGUGGCGUCGUUGACAUGUGGAUAUGAAGAAAAUGAGAACAUUUCCAGAUGCACACUGGAUUUGUUGGAAGUAUUUUUUUUCUUUUUCUCCACCUGCCACUGUGAGGCAAGAAAAACCAAAAUGACUUUUGGGUGAAGAACAAUGCCUCAGGUACCACGGGAAGCUCAGCGCUGACCUGCUGCAGCAGCACUGAGCGUCUCCAGGGACAAGGAUGAGUGUCGAGAUGAAGCGGAACAACUUUCUACCGACUUCGACAUUCAUGGGUGCUUUUAGAGUUUGUCAAAAGUUGGCUGAUCUUGUAAAUAUGUUGAUAGUAACUCAAACGCACUGCAGCUUCUGUGUUACUGUACAAAGCCACUGUCUUAAUCCUGCCUUCCUGCUGAGUGAUCAGCUGUGUUUUUUAUUUCUCAUUGCUACUUAUGUGCUCCUCAAAAUGACGUCCACAAUUCUAAUUGUAUCGGACAGCAGGUAUAUUAAAAUAUAAAUGGAAUGAUUUUGUAUUGUUGA